AUGUCCCUAGAGUCAAGAUCAACAAGUAGUAACAUAUAUUCUUCGUUAUUCUUAUUAUUUUGUUCCUUUCUUUCUAAUUUUUUGUUCCUAUUGUGUCUCAAUCAUUUUGUACUUGAAAUUCUUUUAUUUUUUGGAUUCUCACUUUUUAGUUCAUGUCUCUUGUCAGGGUUUAUCAGUUUGGAUUGUGGUUUACCUGUGACUGAACCAUCUCCUUAUAAUGAGCUAUCAACCGGACUACAGUUUUCCUCUGAUGCAAAGUUCAUACAGAGUGGCAAAAUCGGUAAAAUCCAGGCGAAUCUGGAGAGUCAAUACCUGAAGCCGUACACGAGGCUGAGAUAUUUCCCGGAAGGGAUACGCAACUGCUAUAAUCUGCCUGUUGAGAAUAACAGGAAAUAUUUGAUCAGGGCUAGGUUUGUUUAUGGGAAUUAUGAUGAUCUUAACACUUACCCGCAAUUUGAUCUGCAUCUAGGCCCUAAUCCGUGGGCAACAAUAGAUUUACAAGAGUUUGUGAAUGGUACAGUGAAUGAGAUUAUUCACACCCAAACAUCAAACUCAUUGCAGAUUUGUCUUGUUAAGACAGGGAAAACUACACCAAUGAUCUCAGCCUUGGAACUACGGCCGUUGGGUAAUAACUCUUACAACACAGAGUCAGGUUCCCUGAAUCUUUUCAUUAGGAUGUAUGCCAACAAAACAGAUGGCUUACUACGGUAAGUAAGGUUCAACAGUUGUGGAAUCCAUAUUCAUUUAUUUAUUUCUUAAAA